AGCUUACAACUACACCUGGCUCUCCACGUAUCACUAAAGUCGUGUUUCUCACGGAGAAUAACUGUGCGCCCAAUCCGUACUCGGCAGCUCCGCUCUCGGUUUCCCGGCGCCGCUGCACUGCACUUCUCGAUUCCAUCGUAGCUCCCCACAAUUGCUCUGAAAUCGCCCUCCCUCGUAUUCUCCCAAAGGGCACAGUUACUUGCAGGAUUCAAAAACAUCAUACAUAACAACGAGGACCCUAAAGAAUUGCUCUGUAGUUUAUAUGGCUGCUUCAGAGGCAGCUCUACAAGUUAUCUCUGGGGCAGUGCCAUGUCAAAUUUACACAAACUUGAGAUCCACAGCACGUCUUUCCUUUAAAAAAAGUGUCAAGGUCCAUAAUGAGGGAAAUAGUGGCAGCAUAUUUCUAACUGGUCAGGUGUUGCUUCAAAAUUAUGCAGGACAACUUGUAAUUAGAGAUAAAUCCAGUUUUACUGGAAAGGGACAAAACAGACAGUCAAAAUUUUCACUUUGUAAUUGCGUUGGGGCUGAAAGUGUUCGGGGCUCUUUUAUUGAGGAUGGACAUACAAAUGGUUCACGGAGCUUUGAUGCAAAACAACAGUUGAAAUAUGACAAAGAAGGCUUACUGUCCAGUAAUGAAUCAGCCUUGGAAACAGCACCUGGCCAGGUGUUUAGUGAAAUUAAUGUAAAUUCUUUGGAGGAUGAAGCAUGGGAUUUUCUGCGAGCAUCUGUUGUAUAUUAUUGUGGUAAUCCAGUUGGAACUAUUGCUGCUAAUGAUCCGAGUGACCCAAACACUCUCAACUAUGAUCAAGUGUUUAUACGUGAUUUUAUUCCUUCUGCUAUUGCUUUCCUGUUGAAGGGAGAAUAUGAAAUUGUUAGGAACUUUAUCUUGCACACUCUUCAGCUGCAGAGUUGGGAGAAAACCAUGGAUUGUCAUAGCCCUGGACAAGGACUUAUGCCAGCAAGUUUCAAAGUGCGUGUGGUUCCCCUAGAGGGCAAUGAUUCUGCAACUGAGGAGAUCUUAGAUCCUGACUUUGGUGAGGCUGCUAUUGGUCGGGUUGCACCAGUUGAUUCUGGUUUGUGGUGGAUCAUCUUACUUCGUGCAUAUGGAAAAUGCACUGGAGACCUUUCUGUUCAGGAGAGAAUUGAUGUACAGACUGGAAUGAAAAUGAUUUUGAAGCUUUGCUUAGCAGAUGGUUUUGAUAUGUUUCCAACUUUAUUGGUAACAGAUGGAUCAUGCAUGAUAGAUCGCCGGAUGGGCAUCCAUGGCCACCCACUUGAAAUCCAGGCAUUAUUUUAUUCAGCUCUGCUUUGUGCACGUGAAAUGCUUACUCCUGAGGAAUCCUCGGCUGACCUUAUAACAGCGCUUAACAAUCGAUUGGUCUCUCUAUCAAUUCACAUUCGAGAAUACUACUGGAUUGACAUGAAGAAGUUGAAUGAAAUUUAUCGAUACAAAACAGAGGAGUACUCUUUUGAUGCAGUUAACAAAUUCAACAUUUACCCUGAUCAAAUCCCUCCGUGGCUUGUGGAAUGGAUGCCUAGCAAAGGAGGCUAUCUUAUUGGAAAUUUACAGCCAGCACACAUGGACUUCCGGUUCUUUUCACUGGGAAAUUUAUGGGCUAUAGUAUGUAGUCUUGCAACCACAGAGCAAUCAAAUGCAAUAUUGGAUCUUCUUGAGGCAAAAUGGUCUGAUCUAAUAGCUUCCAUGCCAAUGAAACUUUGUUACCCUGCUCUUGAGGGCCAGGAGUGGCGGAUAAUCACAGGCAGUGAUCCAAAAAAUACCCCUUGGUCUUAUCACAAUGGAGGUUCGUGGCCAACUUUGCUGUGGCAGCUGACCGUGGCAUGCAUAAAGAUGAAUAGGCUGGAGAUUGCAGAAAAUGCAAUCAGGGUUGCUGAACAACGGUUGUCUAGAGACAAGUGGCCUGAAUACUACGACACUAAAGGAGCAAGAUUUGUAGGGAAGCAGGCGCAUCUCUUUCAAACUUGGUCUAUCGCCGGAUAUCUAGUUGCUAAACUUCUUACCAAGAACCCAGGUGCGGCAAAUAUGUUGAUUAAUGUUGAGGACGCAGCGCUUCUCAAUGUCUUUUCCUGCACCCUCAAUGCCAAUCCAAGGGGAAAACGUCCCCGUAAAGGGCCAAAAAAGAGUUUUAUCAUAUGAAGAGGGCACAUUUUGAGCAUGAAAUUCUGCUAGCAUUUAUGAGUGCAACAAAAUGCUCCCUUGAUCACCCAUUUCCAGGCCUUACUCCAAGAUAUGACAGUCAAAUAGUUGAAUCUCCUGCAAAGUUCUGCUGUAUAUUCGGUUGGAGGUCACACAAGUAAAUCUUAUUACGAGAUGCGGAUAUGGACCCCCUAUUCUUUUUUAUUUCAUCACAUGCCUGUUUUCACACUCUUCUAUCAAAUGUGAAGCAAGCCAGUGUAUGUAAUGCUCUGUGUAGGUAAUUUAAACAGGAUCAUGUUGAAUAAGGUGUUUUGUUGGCGGACUACAUGUAAUAUUUCAGUGCAGUAAUGUAAGUUGUAUUACACUCUUGCUUGUUAGACAGGGGCUUUGAGAAGAACAAUGUUAUGAAAGAAUUGGGCACAUUCAGCAGGGCUGCUGCAAAAAUGAAUUUGAUGUGUAAAGCAGAACUUAUCCAGUUGCAUACUUUAUUAACUAUAACUAGCUUGUUUGAUGAUGCGUAACAGAUCACAGAAGGACCAGUCGCAUUGUUGGAACUACAGGAAUUCAUCCUUUUCAUAUUAGAAGCUGCGUAGCUAAGGUAUAACAUUUCCCAAAUCAAACGACCUGGGCACUUCAGGAGGUGUCUCACAUCUUAUCAAAGCCCAGUUCAGGCCAUCGAAGAAAGGGUGUUGCUUGAUCUCAGCAGCUCCCUUUGAUGAUCCAAGCCUAUUUUCGGGCUCUUUCUUCAACAACCUUCUGAUCAAAUCCCGAGCAUGAGAACUAACAAUUGGGCAUUGAGGAAAGUUAAGGCACUGGGACACCACAUUGGAUACAGUUUCCUCGUUGUUUGAUCCUUUGAAGGGUGUCUUACCAUAUAAAAGCUCGUAUAGGAAGAUUCCAAAUGUCCACCAAUCAACAGCACUACCAUGACCUUCUCCUCUGAUGAUCUCGGGAGCAAGGUACUCAUGUGUGCCGACAAAGGAGUUGGAUCGAACACCUGUAGGCUCAACUACAAGCUGUGGCAGUGGAAUAACCUGAAUUGGGAGUUCAGACUUAAGCUUACCUGUUUUGGCUGCUGCAGACAAGAACCUGGUUGUGAAGCAGGAAAGUUGCCAUGAUGGUUGAAGGCAGAGAGGAUCUAUGCAGCUAGAAGCCGAGCAUGGACUAGAGGCCCUCUUUGGCGGCUCAGAAACAGGGGAGGGUGUCUCGAGAAGCACAGGCUUUACUGAACAUCUGAGGGACAAAUCGAAAUCUGAGAGCAUAAUGUGGCCAUCUUCCCUUACCAAAACGUUCUCAGGCUUCAAGUCUCGAUACACCACCCCAAGCAUGUGAAGGUAUUCAAGCGCAAGAAGAACUUCAGCAACAUAAAAUCUGCACAUCAAAGUAACGAUAUAAACUGGAAACACUUGGUUGGCUGCUUUUGUCGAAGCAAGUGGAGAUCACCACCAGGACAAUGUUCCAUUACCAAACAAGAGAACUUGCCGGUGGAAAAAUGGGCGUAAAGUGUGGGAAGGAAGGGAUGAUCCAGAAUUUCGAGUAUCUCCUUCUCAGUUUCUGCCCUCAUCAAUUUCUUUCGACUAAGUAAACAUUCAUUGUCCAUGAUUUUCACAGCAAACAAACAGCCUGUGCCAUUCAGCUCGGACAGGUAAACUGUGGCAAUGUCUCCAUCACCUAUCUUCUGCAACAACCUGAAGUGUCGUAAGCCCAAACUGCCAUGCUGCUUCUGAACACGCCAUAUAGCUUCCCAUCUCAAAUCCUUCGACAUGUGUGGGCGAUAACCACUACGGCUCAACCCACUUAGAUAUAUGUGGAACAAGAGCAUGCUUAUUUGUACUGGGGGCUGGAGUAGCUGAACUAGACGCCUUCUCCAACUCAUUACAUCCCGUUUCCGGGUCGAGGUCAGGUAUUCGAUGCGCUAUCACACUAGGUUGACAAUCUUCUUCAUCCCUAGCACCUACAUUUUGCUGGCCCUGAAUUUUUGUCACAGUAGUGCUUUUCAGCUUCCAGGUUCUUAAAUUUUGCUCCCAUGAACCUAACCCUCCACUUGAACUUCUCGUUAGCUUAUUCGGGUUUUUCUGUUUUGCAUGUGUAAUAACUGAUUUCUCAUCUGGAGCAGGAGCUAUCUCAUCAAACUCCACAAGUUCAGUUGCCGUGUCUUUCGACGCCACCCCGCAAUCAGAGGCCAUAUCUGAAACAUUUGAGGAGCUCCUUUCGGGAACUAAGGAUAUCUCCAUCAAAUUUCUUUCGCCUUCGUCUCUAGGCUGUCCAGCUUCACCGGCCUUGAUUACUACAGACCUAUACAGCUUCUUGCUAGCCCCUGUUUCAGAUAUUGCAGGUGAACCUAAAGGUCUCGACAUUCGUUUCUUCACUGCAGCCAUCUCCGAUGCCUGAGAGAUGCACAAACCUCUCAGUGCUUGUUUCAAACUAACUGCUUCCGAGAUCCCAAUCCCUGAGACUUGUGCACGGCCAACCCUCAUCGGUCUUUUCAUCGCACUCUUGCUUAAGGUUUUUGGCAAGGCUCCCAUAACCGCCGAAGACAUAUAUAUUACGAUGAAAGCUGGACCAACUUAUGCUUAACCCAUGAGAUAAAAUCCAAUCAAGAGAUAUUUAUGGGAAUGAACUCUAGAGCUGCAGCUACUGCACCAGACAUGCUGAGAUUGUUGAGGUAAAUACCCUUCUCUGCAUUCAUUUUUACAGCAGUACAAUAUCAAUUCUAUUAUCUUUAAGAAAUACACACUUCAUAACUUUCUACAUCUAAAAUUAAAUCCAAAAUUUAUUUAUUCUCCAUGCAAAAUAGGAGAUCACCUCAUCUAAAGCACUCAAUUAAAAGACUAAGCUGAUACAAGUAUCAUUUAAUGUUUAGUUUAUAGUUUAUACUAAGCCCUCCUAAGAUAUAUAAUUACUCCUACACCAACCCCUUUGUCCAACCUUUAAAUAGAAACCACAGAAAUGGACAAGUAAGCCAAAUGAAUGUACAUAUAUUAAAAUUUUCAAUAUUAAUUGCUAUUGAAUUCAAGAAAUACACACAUCAGCACAAAACCCUUUGGCUCAUCAAAAUCAUUGAAUUUGAUAAAAGAAUUCAUACUUCCAUGCCCAAACAAUAUGAUAAGCACUCAUAUCUUGAAAAACAAGCAUGAACCCUCAAAGAUCAACAACAAUCAAGAAAUUGGACCACUUUCUCUCCGCACAUACAGCAGCAAGAACUUGAAGAAGAAGAAGAAGAAGAAGAAGAAAAAAAAAAGAAAGAUAAGAGCAGAAGCAUACAUACACUCACACA